AUGGUUGUCCAAGGGUUACGGAAGGUGACUGUUGGUCAAAAUGGUGUGGGCUCAUUCAUAUUACAAUGCAAACGACUCGACUUCCAUUACUGCGACUGGAUGGGCUCUUCAAAGGGCAUGAACUCCUUCAUCGCCAAUUCUCUCCAAAAAUUCGCCGCUGCACAUCCUCAGAUCGAAAUCAACGUAUCACCACGACCUCGAAAACACCCAGUAAUAAUCGGUCACUACAUCAAUGGCCGCGAGAAAGCCGUCUGUGUGCGAAAUCUGCAGAAAGAACAAAUCCUAAAGAAGGCUGAGCUUCUGCGGGAUGCUAGUGGGGAGAAGCUGAAGAAGGUUACAAAGCCAGUUACUAGUAUCAAGGAGUCGGUCCGUGGCGUAUGGAGUCCUUAUCACGGAGGACCACUCACUGUAUAA